GGUCAACCUCAAUCCUUUCACUUUUCCCUCCACACACUCCCCAAAUAAAUCCCUCCCCAACUCCAUCAGUCCAUACCCCAAAACCACCACCCAAGAAAAACUCAAUAAACCAUAAACCAUGGUAUUGGUAUCCUUCCAAACACUACUCUUCUUGGCGGUGGUUAUGCCACUACUUGUCAUCACCACUACCACUACAUCACACCCCAAUUACCAAGACUUCAACAUCAAAGACUCAAUCACAGAGACUAAAACCAAGCCCUCCCAAGUUUCCCAAUUCAAUGAACUAGGCCACCAAGUUAGCAGUGAAAGUGGAGAGAAAAAAUGGAAGCUAAGACUUGUUCACAGGGACAAAAUCUCAGUCUCCAACAAAACCCACAACCAUAAUCACCGUUUUGUUGCACGAAUGAAAAGAGACGCGAAAAGGGUGUCCAGUCUUAUUCGCCGAAUCUCAAAUGGCUACGCCGUUUACAAGGUGGAGGAUUUCGGGUCGGAGGUGGUUUCGGGUAUGGAGCAAGGAAGUGGAGAGUAUUUUGUGAGAAUUGGAGUGGGUAGUCCACCGAGGAGUCAAUACAUGGUGAUUGAUUCCGGUAGUGACAUUGUGUGGGUUCAGUGUCAGCCUUGUAGUCAAUGUUACCGUCAAUCAGAUCCUGUAUUUGACCCCUCUAAAUCCACUUCUUUCACCGGAGUUUCUUGCAGCUCCGCCGUUUGCGAUCGGGUCGACAACGCGGGUUGUCAUGCGGGUCGGUGUCGGUACGAGGUUUCAUACGGUGAUGGGUCCUUCACAAAGGGUACCGUCGCGCUCGAAACGCUGACGUUUGAUCGAACCGUAGUUCAUAAUGUGGCGAUUGGGUGCGGGCAUAUGAACCAAGGCAUGUUUGUUGGUGCUGCCGGGUUAUUGGGUCUCGGAGGUGGAUCCAUGUCACUUGUGGGUCAAUUAACGGGUCAAACCGGUGAUGCUUUUAGCUACUGUUUAGUGACUCGGGGUUCGGGUUCAUCCGGGUCAUUAGAAUUGGGUCGUGAAGCCAUGCCCGUUGGGGCUGCAUGGAUACCUUUGAUCCGUAACCCACGGGCUCCAAGUUUCUACUACGUGGGGCUGUCGGGCCUUGGAGUUGGAGGCACCCGGUUACCCGUAUCCGAAGAUGUUUUCCGGCUAACAGAAUUAGGGUAUGGAGGUGUUGUUAUGGACACAGGAACGGCAGUUACAAGACUACCUACAGUUGCUUACGCGGCAUUCCGUGAUGCUUUUAUCACAGAAACCGGAGCCCUCCCCCGAGCCUCCGGAAGAUCCAUAUUCGAUACUUGUUAUGACCUAUCCGGGUUCGUAUCGGUCCGGGUCCCAACCGUGUCAUUUUACUUCUCAAGCGGGCCAAUCCUGACCCUUCCAGCAAGGAACUUCCUAGUUCCGGUUGAUGAUUCGGGUACAUUUUGUUUCGGAUUUUCUCCAUCCCCAUCCGGACUAUCCAUCAUAGGGAACAUCCAACAAGAAGGGAUCCAAAUUUCUUUUGAUGGAGCCAAUGGGUUUGUGGGAUUUGGCCCCAACGUGUGCUAGUUAAACUAGUAGAGCUAUUAUUUUUGGUCAAAUCAUAUAAUUAACCAUAUUUUGAUAGUCUUAGUCAAUAUGAUAUAUAUGAAGUCAUGUAUCUAUAUAUCUAGUGCUUCUUAGUGUGCAAGACUCCAAAAUGAUACCUGGUUCGGGGAAAGAUAAGAUGUAUAAAGUCUUAAUCCGGUAUUAUUAGAAUGUGGUUUAUGUAUUACUUAGUGUGUGCAUCUAGUAAUGAAGUGGAGGACAAGCAUGUAAUCAUGCAAAGUUAAUAAAUAAAGUUAAAAAAGGAGAGUCAAAACCCUGCAUGGAGUCAAAAAAUUUAACACAAUGCAGAAUCUUCUCAUUGCCUCACA